AUGCGCCAAGAUAUUGAACUCUCCUCUCCUCAGCAUCAUGGUCAUAAAGUUGAUCGCCCUCAUUACGAAUUUUUGUUUGGUGCAGCGGCUUAUUCUGUCAGUGUUGUAGUCCUUUUUCCCUUAUACAAAACAAUAUUUUUUCAACAGCUUGAUGGUAUAUCCUGGAUCCAAGCCUUAAUUCGCUAUCGCAUCGAAGGAAUUCGUAUGGCUUAUAGAGGUGUUUUGCCACCCUUGCUCCAACGGGCUUCCUCAGGAGCACUUAUGUUUGGUGUUCAAAGUUCAACAGAACGGUUUCUUGUAAAUCAUCCUGCAACUUUUAACUAUCCACCUAUUCUACAGAAAAUUGUUUCUUCUGCACUUGCUGGGUGGUCUGAAGCUAUUCUAAUGCCUUUUGAACGUGUUCAAACGCUGCUACAAAACAAAGAUUAUCAUGACCGAUAUAAAAACACUUUUCAUGCACUAAUAAAAGUAACUUCGAAUCACGGUGUCAAGGAACUCUACCGAGGUUUAUCGCCUGUUUUAGUGAGAAAUAGCUUAGGCAACGGACUUUACUUUUGUGGUCACAAAUGGCUGAGUGAUGUUCGUGUUCGUCGCACUUGUGAAAGUACUAUGGAACGUGGCCUGUGGAAUUUUGCUCUUGGUGGUAUUUUGGGGGGUACUAUCGGUAUGGUCACAUUUCCUCUAAAUGUUGUGAAAACUCGAAUGCAGUCAAAUGUUGGCGGAUCCUUUAAUAGUUUUCGCACAACUUUCUUAUCACUUGUUUAUGAGGACUCUGAUAAACCAAAUAUUUUGAGACUAUUUCGCGGUGUGCCAGCUAA